CAUUAGCAUUAAAAGCUGGCUUAGUCAUUCUCAUCUCAUCUCCCUUUGUGCUUCUCGAGUUGCAAGCACACAGCCGCUAGAGAUUUUUGUAAGUUGCUGCUCUUGUUUUUUAUCAUGAACUGAUGUGCUUUUGUUGUUGAUUGUAUUUAUUGAUGGUGAUGUGACCAGUUUUCACCUUUUGAGUAAAUUUUUCGCCAUGAAGCAAAGAACAACGGACCAUAUGGAGUAAAGUUUCCAUAAUGAGUUAAAAAGGGUCACUGCGAUACUCAUAGAAACCCAACCCUCUCUCUCCUUCUCUCUCUUCUGCAAGUCCAGCUUGCUAGGAAGAAGACAGUAAAGUUAACAUCUUUCCUUUCUCUCUCUCCUCCCUCAUGCAUUGCAUUUGAACAAACGUUGGUUUUUGUCUUUUCCAACUCCUCCUUUCUCUCCUCCUUUUUGGGUGUGUAACAGUCCUCGUCCAACUUCUGUCACUGGUGCAGUGGUGCUUUCAUGGCCUUGACAUAUUAGCCUCUGAGUCUGAGUCUGUCUGAUUAUUUCUUGGAGGUAUUCAGGCCAGAGAGAGAGAUAGAGAGAGCAGUUUUUCUUGGUCCCGGUUUGUCCAUGCAAUUUUACCCUUUUGAGACACUCUCUCCAACAGCUCUGUUCCAUUUGGAGCUUAUUGGCACAGAGGCAAGGAAGAUUCCUGAUUUUAUUCUCUUCCCCUCCUCCUCAUUCCCAAGAAAAAUAGAAAGAGCCCCAUUUUUCUUCCAUUUAUAAUACGGCCACUGAAAAACUAUGGUCGGGUUGUUUCUUUUUCUGGUUUUUUAAAUAAUUUCCUUAGCUGGUCAAAAGAGAAAAAAAAAAUACAACUUCCUAUAUUUAAAACAGCUUUUAUCAUUUUUCACCAUGGCCAUGAUUGAGCUAUAGGAAAACCCCUCUAUAUAUCUGUGCCAAGACCAGCAACUCUCCCUAGUUAAACACACAAGAACUCACUCAUUCUCUCUUCUGGGUCACUGGCUUUAGGUGCUAAACAAAGCGUUAACUCUCCUAAAGGAGGGGGCUUUGAGAAAUCGAGUCUUGGAAAGCGAGCAUUUUUAUCAAUGGGUGAGUACUGGUCUCGUGCUGAGAACAAGCAGAGAGUGGUGAUGAGCAGCAAUGGAGAUUUUGAAGAGGGAGAUGUGUGGUCUGUUGUGAACAAGGGAAGGGAAGACCCAAGCCCCACCACCAUGAGAAACUCCAUUCACAAGAGUCUCACUGCUUCCUCAUCUGCAUGGCAGUACCCAAGUGCUCCCAAAACGAUCCCAAGGAGACCCUCCAAUCAAGAAGCUGUGAAGCUGGGCCAACGGUCCUCAGCCCCGGUCAACAUCCCCGACUGGUCAAAGAUUUAUGGGAACAAGAGCGGCGAUGGUUUUGAUGGCGAGCAUGAGCAUGGUCAUGGCGCGUGUGGGGAUGAUGGUGAUGAUGGGGCUGGUCAUCAUGUUGAUGAUGGCGAUGAUGAUGAUGAUGAUGAUGGCGACAUGGUUCCUCCGCAUGAAUGGGUGGCUAAGAGGCUCGCAAGGACUCGGAUAUCUCCAUUCUCUGUGUGUGAAGGGGUUGGGAGGACUUUGAAAGGGAGGGAACUCAGCAGAGUGAGGAAUGCAAUCCUGACAAAGACCGGCUUCUUGGAGUGAAUUUCUCUUCCUUGUUUGUCCUCUCCUCUGACUUUUAAUUUUGUUCAAUGUCCGCGGCAAAAGUGCGGCUCUUAUGUCUACGAUGAAAUUAGCUUAGGGCCAGAUCGGCACCCUUUCGAAUAUAUAUCAUGUGCGAGGUCUCGAAAUCAUUCGUGAAAAUCUCUAUUUUGUUUAGAUUGAAUGCAGAACUUAGUCCUUUUUUCACUCUUUUAACUUCCACUCCAAGUCAUCUUUUCGAAAUCCACAUCUUCAAAUGUGCCUCCAAAGAAAGUACUCUUCAAUGGGGUCAUACCAUCUCUACCGAUAGAGAAGUCAAAGCUGCCUUCUCUCUAUGGUUUUGUUUUUACUUUCUCUUUCUUCAACUGGUGCACAAAAAAUAAAAAAAGGGUUGGCAGAUGCCGAGAUUUCUUUUGCCGCCUUGGAUGAAGUUCAAGUUGUGAUUCCAAGGAGUUUAUGAAUCAAGUGUAGUUGCUAUGAACAGGUGAAAGAAAAUGAACAGAGACUGAGAAGCAGUAUUGAUUCAUUGCCUGUUGCUUCUUCUUGCCCUUUUCAAUCUGAUGUCAGGCGGCUUGUUCAUGUCCAUAUCUGUGAUUGUGACCACCAAGUAGAAGAUCUGUUGAAGAGAGCCUUCUGCAACAAAAAAAUGAACGAAGAUAUGGCCUUUUUCCAUGUCUUUCACAAUGCUUCAAGUUCAACACUCUAAACGACUUCAAAGACUUUGCAAUCUCCCAUCUGGCCUAUAUCUAAUAAUUGUUAAUGAAAAUCGUCAACCGGCGGAAUUAAAUCCUCACCACAUAAGUUUCAUUCUACUAUAAUACACGUUAGGAGCAUAAUCGUGCGUUGCACGGGCGUAAAAUUUUUCAUUCGUGUGGAAGUGUAAUAUGUAUUUUCAAUGUAAAUUAUUUGCGAGAAUCGCACUCUGUUG